UAUGAUCACAACUUUGCUGCACGUCUCAUCCCAGAGAAUCUAAAAUGCGUUUGGUUGUUCCUGUACAUCUUCUUUCUUCCUCCCUUUUCUGCAGCAAAGCACAGUUUGCAUCAGCUUUUGUAUGCCGACUGCGACUUAUCAGAUCUAAUUUUUAUAAACAUCAGAAGGCAGAGGCAGCAGAGGGAGAAAUGAAUCAGGGUUGGACCAGACGUUUCUGAUUGCACACGAGGCGAUUUUUGGAGGGGUCGUUUCUCGCUUUUGAUGGCACUCCUUUGCACUGGGGGAUGACAGCCGAGAUGGACGUGAGUAAAGCAGCGAGUAUGAUGGCGAAACCUGGCGGAAUUUUCAGCGGAGUUUUCUCCUCCUCACCCAGCCCCAUUUUACCGAGGCUUCCUUUUCCUCAAGCAUGGAAGGUGAUGGGACAACGAUCUGCAGAGUUUUAAAAACCGGAAGACUCUCCUUAACGGAGCCCAAAUGGCCCCACUCUUGUGAUGGGUAGCUUGGAGAAUUCAUCCUUCGCGAAGCUGCACCAGUGCUCGCUAGCCGCUAACGCAACCUCCCCGUUUGUUGUGGACAUCCCCUAUUUGGUAAGUGACAGCCUGACUGCUCUGCUGUCCAUCGUGGGCAAUCUGUUCAUCUGCACGGUCAUCUUGCGGAACAGGAAGUUGCGUUCCACCGUCACCAAUUAUUUUCUGCUCUCGCUGGCUGUGGCAGAUUUCCUGGUCGGGGCGGUGGUCAUCCCCUGUGCCCAGUUCACUGAUGUGGGGUUGCCCCGGUCCAGGCCACAACUGUGUCUCUUGAUGCUGUGUUUGCUCUUGAUGUUUACCCAAGCCUCCAUCUUUGGGCUACUGGCUAUUGCGGUGGAGAGAUACAUCUCCAUCCUGAAACCGUUCCAGUACCAGUCUCUCCUGAGCCCCCGCAAGUCCCUGCUGGUGAUUUCGGCUUGUUGGCUUCUGUCGAUCUUGACCAGCCUGGUGCCUCUGAUGGGCUGGCACGACCCCUUGCCUCCCAACAGGGAAUGCCUUUUCAACAGCAUCAUCACCAGCACCUACAUGGUUUACUUCAAUUUCAUGGGGUGCAUGCUGGCCCCCCUGGUGGUCAUGCUGAUGCUGUACGGACGCAUCUUUUCAGAGGUCAGGUGUCAGAUCCGGAAAGUGGCCGAAGGGGAGGUCAAUAUCAGCGCCCAAAAGAGACGCCAGAUCAUCGCGCGCAAGGAGCUGCGGAUGGCCACUUCGCUCUUCCUCAUCCUUUUCUUCUUCAUCCUGUGUUGGCUGCCGCUUCACAUCCUCAACACCGUCAUGCUCCUGUGCCCGACCUGUUGUAUCCCCAGUCAGCUGACCCUGGCCACCAUAAUCCUCUCCCACGCCAACUCUGCCAUCAACCCGGUGGUCUACGUCUUCCGCGUGCGAUCCUUCCGAGAUGCCCUUGAAAGCACUCUCCUCUGCAUCUGCAGCUCCAGCCCGUUUUCCACAUCUGGGAGGAUGCCUGCCAAUGUGUUGGAGGUGCCGCCACUUCAUAACACUUUCCUGCCAGGCAAGUGAAUUUAAAAGCUAGAGAUUUGGGGUCAGAAUUAGGAUAUUUUUUUUUCCUGUUGGUGUUAGGGUUUGAUCAGGGGUGUGAUAGUAUUUAAUGGAAAAUGCUGGAAUUAGUAAAUAUAUCCCCAAAUAUCCCUUCCUUACCAGAGAUUUUAAAAAAUAGACAUUUUAAGGAGGAAAGAAAAGGGCAUUUACAGGACUAAAAAUACUUAUUUUCUCUGAAUUAAAACACAUGUAGGCAUGACCAGUCUCAAACCUCUGGAUAAAAAACUCUGUUCCAAUCGGUGAGAGAUACCUGGCUGCAAAAAUACUCUUCAUUUGGUUUGAUCCAAGAAUCUUUAAGAUAGGCUGCCUAACCAGGUGGUGAAGACAUGAGGAAAGAAGGCCCAAUGACUUGUCCUGUCAGAAAUGUAAUGUGUACUGUCUCCAAG